AUGAAUGAUAACAUACAGGAUGAAGUGGUGCUGAAGCAGAUUGAGAAGGAGGUGAGAAUGCGGGAAGGAGCCAGUAAGCUGCUGGGAUUCUGCUCCAGGAGAGAACAGGCCCUGGAGGCUUCCAAGAGCUUGCUCACCUGCAAUACCCGCAUUCUGGCCUUGCUGAGCCAACUCCAGAGGAUGAGGAAGGCUCAGAUCCUGCACCGAGUGGAGCACAGGUCUUCUGAAGACGUGGUGCCAUGUCUGGGGAAACUGGCGCUUUCAGACCUGCGAAUCCCUCUGAUGUGGAAAGACUCAGAGUACUUCAAAAACAAAGGGGAGCUCCAUCGCUGUGCUGUGUUCUGCCUGCUGCAGUGUGGCACAGAAAUCUACGAUACUGACAUGGUGAUGGUGGACAGGACUUUAACUGACAUCUGUUUUGAAGACACCGUCAUAUUUAAGGAGGCCGGUCCAGGCUUCCAGCUUCGUUUCGAGCUCUACAGCUGCAGUGCAGUCGAGGACUUCCCCCCGGGGACUCUUGGAGCCCGGAGAGGGAGCUACCUGGGGGGUUCUUUGGGAGGCACCUCUGGGAAGAAGAUCCGUGCUGCAUUAGAGUCUGCAGCGGCUUGUGGAUCGGUGUUGAAUGCAGGGUUUGCAGGACCUGGAAAUGUUUCGCCGCCUCUAUCUCCAAACAUGUCACGAAUGGGGCCGAAGUAUAACCUGCUGGCUUACACAACUCUGACAAUUGAUCACGUCAAGGAAGGAUUUAAGACCCAUGAUUUGUUCGUAGCAGCAACAGAGGAUUGCCCCUACUGGCUGCCUCUGUACGGGAACAUGUGCUGCCGCCUCAUGGCUCAGCCUCUGUGCAUGAUCCAGCCCGUCAUGAGCGGACAUCUCAGGGUUAAGCUUGAAGAGGACCUUAAUUGCUGGGAAAAUGUCUACAGCGUCCUCAGGGGCCAAACUCUUCUGUGCUAUCAAAGUGAAGAAGACCUGGAGUCUGAGGACGAGCCUUUACUUGUAAUUCCCGUCAAAAAGGAUACCUUGGUGUGUCUAUCAGAGAACGAUCCUGAGCCCUGUCAGAGUAUACUCAUCAGCACAGAGCAAGACGGAGAAGACAUCACCUACACGCUGGUCACGCACACACCUGAAGAAACUCAGCGCUGGACCGAGGCCCUGUGGCGGCAUGUCUUCAACAUGAGUCAAUGGAAACAGUGCUGCGAUCACCUCAUGAAGAUAGAGACGCCCAGAUCCAGAAAAGGCACCACAGCGAGGCAGGGCUCACUCUACCACGAAAUAGUCACACCAGCCUCACCCAGAGAAGGGUUUGUGGUUCCAGAUCUGUCCGCUGAGAUCCGGACUCUUCUCCAUUCCUACUACAAGGAAAGUUAUUGAUGACCCUGCCGAAGUUGCACUGGAGGGAUGAGAAACAGGCCUUAUUCUGUUUAUUUGUGGCGACCACCCCUGGUCAGAGAAGUGAAUGUGGAAAUGAUUAAUGGUGUGAUUUGGACGCAUCCAAACGCAAUGUUAUUACCAGCUAUUUUCUUAUUUAGAAGGUGUUCAGGUUCUAUAAAGCUCUGAAUCUUAUGUUCAUGUUUUGUAAAAAAACAGUGUAAAACCAGCGUGCUGCUCAAUUUUGAGGCUUUCUCUGUAAAAACUGAUGUCGGA